UCGCGAGCCCGCCAUUCUUCAGAUCUCUGUGCAGACUCGCUGUCCUGCGCUCCUCCUGCGGGUGUGGCGCCACCAGGAGGUGCCGGAAACCCCGGAGAGAGCGCCGGGUUCCCGACGCCCGGGAUGGCGCUGUUGACACUCAGGGACGUGGCCAUCGAUUUCUCUGAAGAGGAGUGGGAAUGCCUGGAGCCAGCUCAGAGGAGUCUAUACCGAGAAGUGAUGUUGGAGACCUGCAGAAACCUGGUCUUCCUGGUCAUGACCUCUCAUCACACCCAGGAAAUUUCACCAGAGCCCAGCAUAGAACACUUAUUUAAGAAAGUGAUAAAGAGAAGAUAUGGAAAUUGUGACCUUGACUAUUUACAACAGAAGGAAGUACUGUACAGUCUAGGUGAGAGUGAAGGUCAGAAAUCAUAUCACACAGGACAAGACAAAUUAGUAGUGACUGUGCAUAAUGAACACUUUACUGUCAACAGACCUCACGACCAUUUCAUAGCUCAGAACAGCAUUCAAUGUAUAGCUGAAGGACGAGUUUCUCAAAGUGAUCAUUUUGAAAGUUUCUUUACAAACUGUCCAUUAUUCUGCAAUGAACAAAGAAUUCCUUCCUGUGCCCAAACAUACACUUUUAAUGAUUGUGGGAAUGUCCCUUUGCACUCAUUACUGCUUAAUCAAAAUUCAGAUGUAGAUUUUUGUAAAAUAUGCAACACCUGCAAUGAAGCAAACAACACCUUCAGCCGGGUUUCUGCCCCGAGCAAUUAUAUUGGAGGAAAAAAGCAUGAAUGUAUCAAGACACAGAAGAACUUCAGCUUUGGUUGCAAUACGAGAAAACACGAGUGUGCUCACUGUGCACAGAACCUUUACCAUGACAACAGGUGUGGGAAAGUCCCUCCUCAGUGCUCAGAGCUCAUUGCCCCUCCAGGUGCUCAGAGCCAAGAGAAGCCUUGCACAUGUGAGGAAUGUGAGAGAGCUUCCCAUCCAACUGCAAGACCUCCUGAACACAGUGGAGCUCAGCCUGCAAGGGAGCCACGCAAAGUGAAGGAGCGUGUCCAAGCAUGGAGUUCUGCACCCCUUUCUAAACAGGACGGGUACCACAGUAGUGAUCAACACGACAAGUUUAAAGAAUGUGGCAAAACUUUGAAUCAAGGACCACCCCCUGUUAAGCAGCACAGAAUUCAUACUGCAGAGAAACCCUACAAAUGUGAACAAUGUGGCAAAUCCUUUAAAAAUUGCUCAACCCUUUCUAAACACCCAAGAUGUCAUAGCAGUGGGGAAACCUACAAAUGUAAAGACUGUGACAAAAUGUUUAAGAAUAUUUCAACCCUUACUCAACCCCAAAGCACUCAUGCAACAGAGAAGCCCCACAGAUGUGAAGAAUGUGGCAAAAGUUUUACUAAAAGAGGACACCUUACUCAACACCAGAAAAUUCAUACUGGAGGAAAGCCCUACAAAUGUGAAGUAUGUAGUAAAACUUUUAAUAAACCUUCAUCCUUUACCAGACACCAGAGAAUUCAUACAGGAGAGAAGCCCUACAAAUGUGAAGAGUGUGGCAAAGCUUUUAAUCGAAGAUCACACCUUACUCAACAUCAGACAAUUCAUACAGGAGAAAAGCCCUACAAAUGUGAAGAAUGUGGGAAAAGUUUUACCCAAAGUUCAAACCUUAUUCAACACCAGAGAAUUCAUACUGGAGAGAAGCCCUACAAGUGUGAAGAAUGUGGGAAAGGUUUCACUCAAAGAGUACACCUUAUUCAACACCAGAGAUUUCAUACUAAAGAGAAGCCAUACAAGUGUGAAGAAUGUGGGAAAGAUUUUACUCAAAGUUCAUGCCUUUCCAAACACCAGAGAAUUCAUACUAGAGAGAAGCCCUACAAAUGUAAUGAAUGUGGGAAAGAUUUUAAUCUAAGAGCACAUCUUACUCGACACCAGAGAUCUCAUACUAUGGAGAAGCCCUACAAAUGCAAUGAAUGUGGGAAAGGUUUUAAUCUAAGAGUAUGUUUUACUCGACACCAGAGAAUUCAUACUGGAGAGAAACCCUACAAAUGUGAAGAGUGUGGCAAAGCUUUUAAUCAAAGAUCACACCUUACUCGACACCAGACAAUUCAUACUGGAGAGAAGUCAUACAAGUGUGAAAAAUGCGGGAAAGGUUUUACUGAAAGUUCCUGCCUUAUUCGACACCAGAGAAUUCAUACUAGAAAGAAGCCCUAUAAAUGUGAACAUGGUGCCAAAGACUGUAAGGAUGGUGUAACCCUCAUUGCACACUACAGGAAUCACAAUAGAGAAGAGUUAUACAAAGGCCAAAAUGUGAGAAAGUCUCUAACGUUGUUCACACCUUACUCAGCACUGGAGAAUUAUAAUGGGGAGAGAUAAUACAAGUGUAAAAACUGUUGCAGACCUUUUCACAAUUGCUCAACCAUUAUUAGUCACUGGAGAAUUCAUGCAUAGAAACCUAAACAGUGUAAAACAGUGUGCCCAAGACUUUACUCAAAUUUCACACUUUAUUUAACAUUAGAAACCUGAUACCUACAGGGAAUGAGGAAACACAUUUACCUGAAAUAUAUGCCUCAGAAAAUAGCAAAAUAUCUAUAAUGAAGACAAUGCCAUGAGAAAUAUAAAGAAUGCAGGAAAGCCCUUACCUGUAACUCAUAUCUUGAUAUAUGUGAGAAGGGAAUGAAGAAUUAACUUUUGCUUAGAAUUUAUUAAACAUCCUUAGCUUAUGUGGUAGGAAAAAAAGAUAUCCUCACAAAUAUAGAAUAAUGCAGAAAAUUUGUCCCUGGAAUGAUAUAAAUUUAUUAUAAAUCAAAGAUUUCUCAAUAUCCUCACUUUUGAGUACUGGAGAAAACAAUUCUAACAUAGAUCAUUUUAUCAGAAGAUUUGCUCCUGAGAGUUGUUAAUCUAUAUUUUUGAGACUUCACAGUAAAUUUUGAAAUACUUUAU